AUUUGCAUCGUCCGACGCGCGAAUAGGUUCUUUCCACUCAAGUUUCCCAGGAAACAAACGCCAACAUAAAAGGCUAAGCCAGGCUACGCAGACCCAUCAGCACUUCUUUCUCUCUCUCUUUUUCGAACUUCUUCCGCCUUAAUUGUCUCCACCGAAGCUCUAAUUUCCCAAAUCUCCCGUUUCCUCCGACCCCACCUCUCUCUGAAUCUCCAGAUCUCUGCUUCUGCCCUCUCCCAUGGCCGGCCGUUACGAAAGUAACCCUUUUGACGAAGAAGAUGUGAAUCCAUUCGCGAACCCUGGUAGUGUCCCCCCUGCAGCCAACUCUAGGCUUUCACCACUCCCCCCUGAACCUGCUGGUUAUCGUGGUGCAACAGUUGAUAUUCCUCUUGAUGGUGCAAAGGACACAAAGGCAAAGGAGAGGGAACUUCAGGCCAAAGAGGCUGAACUGAAAAAGAGAGAACAGGAACUAAAACGGAGGGAAGAUGCUGUAGCACGAGCUGGAAUUGUCAUAGAGGAGAAAAAUUGGCCACCAUUUUUCCCCCUUAUUCAUCAUGACAUUGCAAAUGAAAUACCAAUCCAUCAACAGAAGUUGCAGUACGUUGCAUUCACGACAUAUUUGGGUUUGGUACUUUGCCUUACAUGGAAUAUUGUAGCAGUUACCACAGCUUGGAUUAAGGGGGAAGGUCCGACAAUUUGGUUUCUUGCCAUCAUCUACUUCUUAUCAGGGGUUCCAGGAGCUUAUGUGUUGUGGUAUCGUCCUCUUUAUCGUGCCAUGAGGACUGAUAGUGCUCUAAAGUUCGGGUGGUUUUUCUUGUUUUACCUGCUUCAUAUUGCCUUCUGCAUCUUUGCUUCAGUUGCUCCUCCAAUUGUAUUCAAGGGGAAGUCUCUCACAGGAAUCCUGCCUGCAGUGGAUCUUUUGAGUAAUCAUGCUUUAGUUGGGAUAUUCUACCUUAUUGGAUUUGGAUUGUUCUGCCUUGAAUCACUGCUCAGUAUCUGGGUUGUUCAGCAAGUUUACAUGUACUUCCGAGGCAGUGGCAAGGCUCAAGAGAUAAAGCGUGAUGCGGCAAGAGGGACUGUAAUGCAAGCAUUUUGAUGUGCCACGGAUGGUGCUUAUUGAUAUAUCUAGAUUGGAUUUGCCCCAAAAGGAUCGAUUCUUUUUAAUCCAUAUGUUAUUUGAUACCUUCAAUUGCUGCUUUAGUGUGUCAUGUUUGUUGAUGUGAUUUCUUAACUAUGUUUGAUUGACAAACUGAAAUAGUUAGAUAGGAACAUAGAGUUUUUGCAGUCUUCUUUGAGAUGAGCCUUCACAUGAUGAUUUCCAUUAUUUGUUUCCACGGGAAGCUUAUAUGUAAUAUAUUUUCUUCCUCGAAUGAACAAUCUACAUAAUUUACACAUUAA